CUAAUAUAACACUUUGCAAGAUAACGCCGACCCGCUUCUCUCUCUCUCUCUCUCUCUCUCUCUCUCUCUCUCUCUCUCCUCCCUACUCUGUCACCCGCCCUAUUCCUCUCUUUCUCUCACUAAAAAAAUUUCGCACAAAAUUAAAAAAAAGAGAGAAUUUACAAGACUCCAAUUUACUAUUUUCCUUCGCUGCUUAACAUAAUUACAUUACAAUUUGUGUAAGCAAUUUCAUAUUUUCUCUUCUUUCUCUCUCUGCGCUCUGAAGCAGUUGGAGAGGAACUUCCUGGAUAGAUCCCUAUUUCUCUGUCCGACUCCUUUUGUGAAUUUCGAUCCUUUUCUUCUAAUUCUCAAGCAUUCUCUUUGCUCAAUUUUUUCCUCUGUAUUUCUCUCCUCAUUCUCUGUGUUUUUCUCCGGAAGAAGAUUCUUCACCAGUCGUUAUCGUUUCAAUUGCUCUGUUUUGGGGAAUCCAAUUGGGAAUUAGGGUUUAUUUGUUUUACUGAGAAUUGGGUUUUGAUGUGCAAGCAAAAGGGUUUUGUGGGUAUUAUGUUGAAGUAAGAUUUCUUCUUUGGUUUAUGGGAUUCAGAGAUUCGUGGGGUUUCUGAAUUAUUUUUGAAAGAAUGAUAAUCAAGAAGAACCUCAAAUCCCAAAUGCCGAGUCUGAAAAGGUGCAAACUCGGCGAGUCAGCGGGUGAGGACGAAGAUAACUCGGGCAGGAAGAAGAGGAAGACUAAUGGGUAUUACCCUCUCAAUCUACUCGGCGAGGUCGCCGCUGGUAUUAUACCGGUCAGUCUUCACGGUUUGCUCGGUUCAGUUGGGGCCGAGAAGGGCUUCUCUGCUUCGUGGUGCACCGAAGUCUCGUGCUCCCCCGAGGUGGAGUUGAAAUCGAAGAGCAGAGAGUCAGCCAAAGCGAAGACUAAUCGGACGGCAGAAGUUUCGCGGCCGCCUCUGGUGAGGACUUCGAGGGGCCGAGUUCAGGUACUUCCUUCUCGGUUUAAUGACUCCGUUAUUGAGAACUGGAAGAAAGAAAGUAAGACUAGUUUGCGUGAUUAUAGUAUAGAUGAGGAGAUUGAGUGUAAAAAAGAGAAAGCUAGCUUUAAAGCCCCCAAACAAGGUAGCCAAAAUGCCAAAAAGACACGAAAUGCUGAGAGAAUUGGAUAUAACAGUAAGAAGUAUUCGGGUUUGUGUGAAGAAGAAGAUGAAGUAGAGGAAGAGGGGAGUAUGCGGUUUAGAAGUUUAGAUAUUAGGAAGUAUUCGAGCUCACGUAGUACACUCACGUCAGUGCAUGAGCAAUUGGUUGAAGAUGACAAGUGUCCAGUUGCAGAAAUUGAUGAACAAGAUGAUUUAGUGGGCACAGUGAGGGCUCCAAAGGAGAGGAAAGAUGGAUUGUAUGGACCCGAAGACUUUUAUUCGGGUGAUACAGUGUGGGCGAAGCCAGGGAGAAAGGAGCCUUUCUGGCCUGCCAUUGUUAUUGAUCCAAUUUCGCAAGCGCCUGAGCUAGUUUUGAGGGCUUGCAUACCAGAUGCAGCAUGUGUGAUGUUCUUUGGAUACUCUGGGAAUGAGAAUCAAAGGGAUUAUGCUUGGGUCGGACGAGGGAUGAUUUUUCCCUUUAUGGAUUAUGUGGACAGGUUCCAGGCGCAGUCCGAAUUGAACAGCUGCGAGCCCUGUGAAUUCCAGAUGGCAAUUGAGGAGGCAUUUUUGGUGGAACAAGGGUUUACGGAAAAGUUGAUAGCAGAUAUAAACAUGGCGGCAAUGUAUGAUGACUCUCUACUUGGAGGGGUUCAAGAGGCUACAGGUUCAAAUCAUGAUCUCGACUGUCAAUUACUGAACCAGGACGUAUAUGGGAAGAAGAGAGACAUACGACCCUGUGAAGGCUGCGGUGUUUACCUUCCUUUUAAAAUGACAAAGAAAAUGAAGGUUUCAACUCCUGGGGAUCAAUUUCUUUGUAAAACGUGUGCUAAGUUAACAAAAUCAAAGCAUUAUUGUGGCAUAUGCAAGAAGAUUUGGAAUCAUUCAGACAGUGGAAGUUGGGUUCGCUGUGAUGGUUGUAAAGUGUGGGUGCAUGCAGAAUGUGACAAAAUUUCCAGCAACCUUUUUAAGAAUUUGGGAGGCACUGAGUACUACUGCCCUACUUGCAAAGUGAAAUUUAAUUUUGAAUUAUCAGAUUCUGAAAAAGGGCAACCAAAAGUAAAAUUGAGUAAAAAUAAUGGUCAAUUGGUGCUGCCUAACAAGGUUACUGUUCUCUGCAAUGGCGUGGAAGGCAUUUAUUUUCCAAGUCUUCACUCAGUCGUGUGCAAGUGUGGUUUUUGUGGGGCAGAGAAACAAGCACUUAGUGAAUGGGAGCGACACACAGGUUCCAAAUCAAGAAAUUGGAGGACUAGUGUCAAAGUGAAAGGUUCUUUACUGCCACUGGAACAAUGGAUGCUGCAGUUAGCAGAGUAUCAUGAAAAUGCUAUUGUGUCUUCCAAGCCUCCUAAACGGCCUUCUAUUAAAGAAAGAAAGCAGAAAUUGCUUACUUUUUUGCAAGAAAAGUAUGAACCUGUUCAUGUCAAGUGGACAACAGAACGAUGCGCUGUGUGUAGAUGGGUUGAAGAUUGGGACUACAAUAAAAUCAUCAUCUGCAACAGAUGUCAAAUAGCCGUUCAUCAAGAAUGCUAUGGAGCAAGAAAUGUUCGGGAUUUCACUUCGUGGGUCUGCAAAGCAUGUGAAACACCUGCAGUCAAGCGAGAAUGUUGCCUCUGUCCUGUUAAAGGAGGUGCUUUAAAGCCAACUGAUAUUGAGACAUUGUGGGUUCAUGUUACAUGUGCUUGGUUCAGACCCGAAGUGUCUUUUGCUAGUGAUGAAAAGAUGGAGCCGGCUCUUGGGAUCUUGAGUAUUCCGUCAAAUUCUUUUGUGAAGAUUUGUGUUAUCUGUAAGCAAAUUCAUGGUUCAUGCACACAAUGUUGCAAGUGUUCCACUUAUUACCAUGCAAUGUGUGCAUCAAGGGCAGGUUAUCGCAUGGAGUUGCACUGUUUGGAGAAAAAUGGAAAACAGAUCACAAAGAUGAUCUCUUAUUGUGCUUAUCACAGGGCUCCAAAUCCAGAUACUGUCUUAAUUAUACAGACUCCUUUAGGGGUGUUUUCCGCCAAAAGCCUUCUCCAAAAUAAGAAGAGGCCUGGUUCAAGGUUAAUUUCGUCCAAUAGAACAAAGCUUGAAGAGGUUUCGACAGUUGAAACUACCGAGCCUGAGCCAUUAUCUGCUGCAAGGUGCCGAGUAUUCAAAAGAUUGAAAAAUAACAAGAAGAGAGUAGAAGAAGAUGCUGUUGCGCACCAAGUGAUGGGACAUUCCCAUCAUCCCCUGGGAGCACUUCGAAGUUUGAAUACAUUCAGAAUAGUAGAGGAGCCUCCAACUUUUUCGUCUUUUAGAGAACGGCUGUACCAUUUACAGAGAACCGAACAUGAUCGUGUUUGCUUUGGUAGAUCUGGGAUACAUGGAUGGGGUCUCUUUGCACGCAGGGACAUUCAAGAAGGAGAAAUGGUUCUUGAAUACCGUGGUGAACAGGUGAGGCGCAGUGUUGCAGAUCUUAGGGAGGCACGUUAUAGAUCAGAAGGCAAAGACUGCUAUCUGUUUAAGAUCAGUGAAGAAGUGGUGGUGGAUGCUACUGAUAAAGGAAAUAUAGCACGCCUGAUCAACCAUUCAUGCAUGCCCAAUUGCUAUGCGAGGAUCAUGAGUGUGGGCGAUGAGGAAAGCCGGAUUGUACUUAUUGCAAAGGCUGACGUAACUUCUGGUGACGAGCUAACGUACGAUUACUUGUUCGAUCCUAACGAGCCUGAUGAAUUCAAAGUCCCUUGUCUAUGUAAAGCUCCCAACUGUCGGAAAUUCAUGAAUUAGUAGGAUGAUGAUGAUGAUGUUGAUGAUGAAUAUAUACGCAGUCUCACUCACUCACUCACUUGCACAGGCCAAUUGUUUCUCCGCAAGGAACGACACUAACCCCAUUCCCCUCCCCUACCCUACCCCUCUGCGGGAUCUCACAGUGCAUAUACCAAAUUUGUAAUUUUGCCAAGAAAAAAAAGAGCAGAAAAGAAAAGGGAAUAGUGUACUUAUAUUUUGUUUUUUGGACUCACUUUUAAGCUUAAUAAAAGCUAUAGCUUUUGCCUGCUUUUUGGUUUUGGGCAUUUGUGUA